UGUUGACUGAAGCAGUUGCAGAGAAUCGAAACUUAAAAUCUCUGAAGUCCUGACGCCUCAGCUCCUUCCUGUGUUUGUCAGCUCGGCCCUGGAUUCACUCUGUCCUCGUCUCCCCCUCCUCACACUCUGCAGGAAGCUCCUCUGAAUGUCCCGGCUGCAUGAUCCCUCUCCUCCCCAGUGAACCAGCAUGGACCCUGACAGACUCAACCGCAAGCAGGAGAUAAGCAAAGCUCUGACGUUCAUACAGUCUUCCUUGGCUUAUCCAGAGCCUGAGGGCUACCAGGACUUCCUGACCAAGUUAGUGUGCAACCUGCUCCAAGAGGGCAACACCUUGUUCAGAGAAGGAGAAUGGGUGGAGGCGAUGAGAGAGUUCAGUGAAGGCCUGAACGUCUCAUGCUACGCUACAGGAGAGAACAUCCAGAUCCCAGAAGCUUUGCUGGAGAGCCUGUAUGUCAACCGGGCUACUGCUUACCACAGGAUGGGGGAGUAUGAUCUAGGUGUGACGGACUGCGACAGCGCUCUUGCGUUGUGUAAGGAAAGCAGCAGGGCCCUGUACAGGAAGGCACUGUGUCUGAAGGAGCUUGGGAAGUACAAGGAGGCCUACAGCUGCACCACCGACUGUCUGCUCUUCACUCGUCUGGAUAAAGAUGUGAAUGAGCUGGCUCAGGACCUGGCCGUCCACCUGGGACUAAAAAAUCGAAAACCCUACAUCAUCGCAAAGGAACACACACUUAUGACAAAAGAUGUCACUAAUGGCAACACUACUGAAGCCAACAAGGUGUCUGGUGGUCAUUUAGGAGAUGGGGUGAAUCCUCUCAGUGGUCUUGCACCAGUCAGUUUUCCCAGCAUGCCUCAGUCCACCGCUACCUCCAUGUCUCCCAAAUGCUCCCAACCUGUCGUCCCCUCAAUGCCUGACAGGGUUGAGACAGAUAUGGUGGAGGACUCCGAGCUGAUGGGAGACGACUUGGACAGUCUGCUCGACGGCUUCUCCACCGAACAGGAGUUAACUGAGACAAACAGCCAGACCGCGUACUCGGUUCCCAGCACGUCCACACGCACAUUUCCUUCGGCCCUGCCUGCCCCGACACCCCGGCUGCCCCCUGCCUUCUUCAACUCAGCCGCCAGCCAACUCAACUCCCUGGAUUCAUUUUCAGGUGGUGGGCACAGCACUACGUCCGCAGAACUGGACACCCUGGAUGACCUCUUGACCUCUCAGGCUCUGGAUGCCUUAGACGACUUCUCUGGAGUUGGCGCAGGUGUUGCAAGUUUACGGGUGACCUCCGCAACGCUACAAACCCUGAAUGGCCUUGAUUCCCUGGAUGACUUCUUGGAUACCAUGCCAUGUGCUGCUGCUGCUACUGAGAAAGUCAAUUUAUCCAAAACAAAGUUGGACAGGGAGGAGAAGUCCCUUGAUAAUUUGUUGGAUGAACUUGAUGACCUGGAGACUGUGUGUGAUCCAGUUGCUCAGUGCAUGGAUGUCCCGACGUUUGGUGUGAAAGCUGUGGACCAGCUCGACUCCCUCGAUGUCCUGGACUCCUUCUCCUCAGUGGAAGGUGUUGGGGCGGCUCUGCCAGCAGUUAAUGGAAGAACAGGCCUGGACUUGAUCUCUGAUUUCAUCCGAGCUGGUGUCCCAGGCUCUCACUCUGCUGUCGCUCCAGUAAUGAAAUCUCCAAAGAACAAAGAGAGGAAAAACAAAGAACCAGUUUCAUGUAGGAACCCCCUGUCCUCCACCCAUGAGUUCCUGCAGGCCUGCUCUGCUUGUUUCCCUCGGGAAGGUGAAGGGAUUUACACAUUUGUUCACAAGCCGGACCUGGUUCACAGCUGUAAACGAGACAUUCUGUUGUGUAGACGAAAGGCAGCGUCUCCUUCAGAGUGGACCAGAGUGCGACCGAUGCCUCCUUGCACGUCCUUCAGAGGGCCCUUUGUACUUUGCAGGGAGGUGCAGAACUCUGACUCAGGCCUGUGUAGGUACAGAGAACAAUGUACGUUUGCCUACAACAUGCUGGAGCUCGAUGUUUGGACAGAAGAGAGAAAGGGGACAUUGGACAGAAACCUGCUGUUUGAGACAGGACCCGUCAAACUGGAUCCCAUCAGCAGCGUCAUUCACCUGCUACAGGAACACAAGGGCACGUUCUUGUUCCUCUGCCAGAAGUGCUUUGACGGUAAACCUAGAAUCAUCAGUAAUCGCUGCAGGGACAACUUCUGCUCCAACCUGGAUGUCCGCCACAGCUUUGAUGCAAACAAGUGCUUGGCAUUUGUGGUGAAGACCCACAAUGUGAACUACCGAAAGGUCCGUCCGCUGACUGGCCUGUGCCAAUUGGAUUUAUGCCACCAAGCCGUUCGGUACGGCUGCCAGAAGGAGGACAGCUGCCACCACGCCCACUCCGUCAUAGAGCUCAAAACCUGGAAGGUUCAGCGAAACACAGGUCUCCGCCCUGAUCAGAUUGUGAAAGUAGCCACAAAGUAUCACGACAAUCAGGAACAAAAGUCAAACAUACAGAAAUGGAAUAAACAGUCUCCUGGAAGUGAUGGUAUCAAACCUAGAGGAGGAGGAAAGAGUCUGAACAUGAAGAUAAAGUUGGCGUGCGCUCAGUGCUGGAGGGACGGUCUGAUCAGUGAACCAGACAAAGCUCUCAAGUACUGCACUGCUAAGGCCAGGCACAUAUGGACCAAAGACAGACGGGUGCUGCUGGUCAGAUCCUUAAUGAGACAAAAAUGGCUUCAGGUCCGACCACUGCCGAACGCCAAGAACCUCCCUCUGCAGUAUGAGAUGUGUGCCCAGAUUUUGAAGAAGAAGGUCUGUAACUACAUUGGGAACUGCAGCUUUGCUCACAGCCAAGAGGAGAGGGAGAUUUGGACGUUUAUGAAGAAUAAUGACUUGCGAGACAUUCAGCAGGUAUAUGACACAUGGCUGAAAUCAAAUGGCCCAAACCGCCAAGCAGAUGGAUCCGCGCUCGCCCAGCCCGUCUCAGAAGAGAAAUUUAUUGUCAUGCCAACUGACUUUGCUGAACCAAUGAGCGGCUUCCACUGCCGUCUGUGCGGUAAACACAGUAACAGUGAGCGGCAGUGGCAGAACCACAUCUCAUCUGAGAAGCACAAGGAGCGACUGUUCAGUUGUGAAGGAGAAGACGAGGCUCUGACGUGGUUCUACCGUUUCCCUGGAGCAAACUUUGAACUCUGCCCCAAGUUGGCUGGCGGCUGUGCUGACGGUGUGAGCUGUGACUACGCCCACAGUCCGGAGGAGCUGAAGGAGUGGAUUGAGAGACGGGCUUUCCUAAAACAGAAUCUCGCCAAAGCCAGGGCAGAUAAGCUCGUCAUGCCCAACGAGCACGACUUCGGGAUGUACAACUUUCUACUUAAGGAUUGAGGGGAAUACAUUUUUUUGUUUUCACACCACAAAGCGAGCAUUUGUAACUGCCAAACUAACAAAUACGACAUAUCAAGAGUUUUCAAAUCAAAACCAAAAUGGAGGAGGUGACGUGUUUAAACUAGAGAUUUCUCCAAUUAGCCGAAGUUUCACUUUAAAAUGAUACCGUCAAUAUGACUAAAAUUUCUUUAUAGUCAUUUUUUUUAUGUUCAGCAAAAAGCUCAGGACAAAUCCGAGUCAGUGCUGUAAAAGUAAGAGUUAUGUUGGUGCCAUUGAAAAACGUGUUGUUUAUCACUGAACUUUCAUAGAUGGUUUGUAUUUAACCAAACUAAGGUUUGUGACUUCUCAGUGUUCCCUUCUGUUGAAGCAGAGUGUGUUCAGAGUUAGAGAGAGGCUGUUCAACUUUACGUUUAAAUACUUCCCACAAAUGUUUGUCAAAGUUCAACGUUCAA